UAGACAUAAUAGAGUAGACAUGUGAACAGGUGUGGCUUGUGAUGGAGAGUCUACUAGUCCUCCAGUCUUUCGACAGACAGACUCAUUUUAUCAACAUCGUCAUCCGUAAGUCCGUCAUCCGCAACAAUAACAGAAGAAAAUGUACAGAAAUAACGACAUUAUUUUAACAAUGUGCAUUCAAAUCCUGAAUGCAAUAUCAGCAAAUUACGCUUUUAGCGUGGAGUUGUUUCCAUCAAAGCCCUUGGUUCGUGUUGGCAGUGCUCUGGAGUUGAACUGUCGCGUGAAAGAUUGUGCGGGUGACGCGAGCUUCUUCUGGAGUACUCUUGAAGACUAUUCUCACGGUGGAUAUGUUGACAGCAACCAGACUGUUUCCCGACUGCUCUUCAGCAACAUCUUACCCGAACACAGUAAAACAAUUGUGUGCAAAGCUUAUUGCUUUGUUAAGGAGAGAAAGAAGAGCGAAAGGGGGGAGAAAACCUCUGUCGUGCAGGUGUAUUCAUUUCCAACAGCUCCUCAGCUAGCCAGAAUAAAACAUUUCAAAGCAAACCAAGUUCAAAGGCUCAGCUGCACCAUCCACAACAUUUACCCCUCAGAAAAGGUUAAAAUUGAGUGGAUUCUUGGAGAUGAGACCUUUCACGAGGAAGUACCUAACAUAUAUAACUAUGAAAAUGUUCAGAAUUUCUCCUCAACGUUCAACUACACUCCUUCUGUCACUGAUCUGGGCAAGAAUAUCAGCUGCAGGGUAACACUCAAUCUCACUGAUUUCCCUUUGGGUGUAUUAAGUAAUACAACAACUCUUGAAUAUGGACCUGGAACAAUGAACGUUUCCAGUAAUAACUCAACAGUUCAGCUUGGGGAACAUUUGGAGAUAUCAUGUCAUGCAGAUGGAAAUCCUCAACCAAAAAUCCUGUGGUGGAAAAUUGGGGAGAGCAAUCCCAUAGCUGUGGGUCAGAAUGAGAAGCUGGUAAUAAACAAUGCUUCCUGGUCUCAGGCAGGUCUGUACGAGUGUGAAGCAAGAAAUGAGGUGGGGAGCCUACGAAUGCCAGUGAAGAUUCAAGUUCCUCUAAAGAGCCCCAAAAUCCAGCUGGAGAAUGGUGUAGACCCAAGUGAAGGAGAUAACAUAACCAUACUCUGUUCCUCAGAGAGUGGACCAACAACACUCAAAUUGUCUGGAAAUAACCAAGUAGUAGAAGUGCUGAACGGGUUAGCCGUGUUUUUGAACCUUUUAUCUGUUACAACAGCAGAUGCAGGGGUUUAUGUAUGUGAAGCUAAAAAUGACUUUGAGGUGACGAGAAGCAUAAUCAACAUAAAAGUUAAAGGAGAACUACAGGACAUUUCCACGACACCAGACCUACCAGCAGUCAUAGUGCCGGCUGUAGGGUCAGUGUCACUUCUGACAGCCAUAGCUGUGCUGAUCCGAUACAUUCGGAAAAUCAGGAGAUACUCUGUCAACAUAUUAAUGAACUAAACCAAUAAUCUUGGAACCAUGACAAUGCAACAUCAUCUGCGGAUUUUUAUUUAUACAAUUUCUCAAACAGGUAUGGAUAAAUUGCUGAGCUGUAUUUGUUAUUUAGGUACUUUGAAUAAAUACAAUGUAUACAGAAUCUAUUUACAUAACUGCAUAGUUAAAUUAACUUGAGUAAUAAAUAAGUAAAAAGAAUACAUAGUAUAUUAAGGGAUAAUGUAAAUAGAUCAUAUUUAAGAAGUAUAUGUGUAUUGUAUUAUUUUCAUAUUGUUUUAGUGUAUUUUUCUUCUUUUAAUCUUCCAUCCAUGUCAACCAAUGUAUUACAGUCAGAACUGUUU